UACACUUUUCGCUGGUCGCCACAACAGACAACCGAAGAACCCAAAACAGAAAAACAAAACAAGACAGAAGGAAAUCAAACCAAGGCACAAUGGAUCUGCAGCAGCUGGAGGAGCAGGCGCGCCAAGCGGCGCUGAAGGACAUACAAAACAUGCUGCAGCGGCCGGGCCAGCUGGAGAAGGUGGAGCAGUAUCGCCACCGUGUGGCCCGCAAAAAGGCCUCUGAGGAGGCGCUCCUCAAGACCGGGAUGCAGAACCAACUGGACGGGGUCAGGGUGGGCCUCAAGCAGCUGGAGACUUGCAUGCAGGACGUGCGGGAGGUGAGGCGCCGCAUGGACGAGGUGGAGCGGCUGCUCAGAGUCGUUCCCGAGGUCUACGACGCACUGGAAGUCGUCCGCGAGGAGAACACGAAGCACUCGCAGUACGCCACCGCCAUGGAGAACCUCAAGCACAUUUUCAAUGUGGACGCCAGCGUCCAAAAGACAAUGGCGCUGAUCGAGGACGACAAGCUGCUCAAUGCCCACCAGUGUCUGGCGGAUCUGGAGAACUCCCGCGAUGAUCUGCUCUACGAGCUGCACAAACAGCCCAAGCAGCACGCCUCCGACAAGAUCACACUGAAGCGGCACUUCGAGAAGGUGGACACCGUGUCCCAGGAGCUCGAGAAAAGGCUGCGCCUGAUCCUCAGCCGAACGCUGAACACUCUACGCAAGAAGCCCACCAUUAUUGUCACCGCGCUUCGCAUCAUCGAACGGGAAGAGAAGAACGACCAGUUCGCCUUGCAGCAGCAGAAGGUCACCGGAUUUCUGCCGCCCGGCAGACCGAAGGCUUGGCGCCGCAUGAUCAUGGACGUGCUGCAGCAGUCGGUUGUAACGCGCAUAGAGGGUUCCAAGCUGGAGGAGCGGGCGGAUAACAAGAUGUGGCUGGUGCGCGACCUGGAGAUCCUGCGUCAAAUGAUCCUCGAGGACCUGCGCGUGGUGAAAUCUCUAUGUGUGCCCUGCUUCCCGCCACACUAUGAUAUAUUCGGAGAGUACGUCAAGUUUUAUCACGAGGGACUCUCUAGCUAUCUAGAUAACAUUGUGCGUUCUGGGUUGGAGGGCAAUGAAUACGUAUCUAUGUUGGCAUGGGUGACGCAUACAUAUCCAGGCGUAGAGCUGAUGUCCCAUCCCGAUCUGAACGUGGAUGUACAUCGACUGAUAGGAACUCUGCUGCGCCCCGAGCAUCUCAAGGCGUUGGAGGAUGAGUAUCUGCAGAACAUGCAACGCAACUUCCAAGAAUGGAUGACUAAGGCCGCCGAGACGGAAAAGCAGGAGUGGUUCACCGAGACAGUGCCCGAUCAGGAUGAUGAGUUCUACCACACGUCGGCGCCGGUCAUCAUAUUCCAGAUGAUCGACCAACAUCUGCAGGUGACCAACACGAUUCACCAGGAGCUGACAUUCAAGGCGCUGGUAAUGAGCAUCCAACAGGUUGAGAUCUUUGGCCAGACCUACUUGAAGAAUGUGAUCGAGCUGAAGGAGCACCAUUUCAGAAACCGGGACCAGAUUAAGUACUUUACUCACUACAUUAUCACCAUUGUGAACAAUAGCCAGCAAAUGGUGGAGCUGGCGCAGCAGAUGAAACAGCUCUACUGGCCCAAGUCGCGCACCGAGCACUACGAGGAUUUCGAGCGCCUGCUGGGCACCUUCCAGCGGAUCAGGGCUCACGCCGCCAGUUACCUGUUGGAGGAGGCCUUCCUGGACAUGGAGUGCCACUUCAACGACCUUUUUACCGCCAAGUGGUUGGCCAGCAACAUUGCCGUCGACACCAUCUGCGUGACACUGGACGAUUAUUUCCAGGACUACAACCACUUGCGACCCAAUAACUUCGAGAUGGUCAUCAAUGAGGCCCAAAAGCUGCUGGCCAAGCGCUACAUCAGGGCUCUGCUCUCCAAGCGGCUGUCAAAGCCACGGGCCGAGUGCGAUGCCAUUACCAGGAAAAUCAAAGCGGAAGCCAAGCGCUUUAAGCUGUUCUUCGAGAAGAUAGCCCCCAAGAUUUCCCUUAGCGACUCUCCACUGGAUCUUAUAUCCACACUAUCGGCACUGCUCAUCUCGGAUAUCGAGCUCCUUGUUUUGGACCUGCACACAUUGCUGGGCAGCUAUCCCUCCCUGAACGAGGACCACCUCGUGCGACUCUUCUAUAUCCGAAACGAUGUAAAGGCGGCGGAGGUGCGCGAAAAGGUGCAGGACGCGAUGAAGUCGAAAAAGGCAAUGGUCAGCAUCGCCAAACAGGACUGCAUCUUCAAGGAGAUUGUGUUCAGCGACAAACUGUGGUAGACCCACUAGAGCCUUUUCUGCUCAUUCCUUAUGACGCCUUCUGUUCAGUAUCUUAUUUACUCUUAUACUGCGAUUGUAAUAUGCCUUAUCAACAAUUAAAUUAUAUAAUUAACCACAACAAUAAUGAUGCGUACUGCUACCAACAGGAAUCAUUCACUUAUAAUAAUAAUAUAUUCAAUUAUUAUUUAUUUAUUUAUUUCAGCAUUUAAAGUUGUAUCUUAUGUAAUUGUACAUUCCAUAACAUGUAAAUAAAAAUUACAAAAUAUA